GGAAGCACUUGGAUUGUAUUUAAAGUUUCAUGGUCCUGCGGAAAGUUGGCCAGUGUUGUGGUGUUUCAAACUUUGUCUAAAAGUGUGUUACGCUGCAGUUGAAGAUGAAGGCUGUUGUGCUACUUGUUUUAACUGUCUGGUUUAGUUGUCAGUGUAGUGGUGACACUUUUUCCUCCCUUUCUUCUUGCUCCCGUCCUCCGUCAGAGUGGUGCUCGUCUUUUGACUCGGCUGUCCAGUGCGGGGUUUUGAAGCAUUGCCUUCUGUCAAACUACACCCGAUCCCAUCCAACUGAAAGUAAAGUCGAGGUGGCUCUGUACUACGAGAGUCUGUGCCCAGGCUGCAGACUUUUCCUCACUGAGAUGCUCUUCCCCACAUGGCUCUUGCUGAAUGAUAUCAUGUCGGUUACUUUAGUGCCUUAUGGUAAUGCAGAGGAGACGUUUGAUGGACAUAAGUAUAUUUAUGAGUGCCAGCAUGGAGAAGAGGAAUGUUUGGGCAACUUCAUUGAGGCCUGUUUGCUGAACAUGACCAAAGCGGCUUUGCCGAUAAUCUUCUGUAUGGAAUCCUCCACUGAUGUGAUUAAGUCAGCACAGAGUUGUAUUGGACUCUACAGCCCUCAGUUGAAGUGGGACACAGUAAUGGGCUGUGUGAAAGGGGAUCUGGGAAAUCAGUUGAUGCAUCAGAACGCCUUGAAGACUAAAGCCCUUAACCCUCCGCACAAUUAUGUGCCGUGGGUCACCAUUAAUGGGGUGCACACAGAAGACCUGGAGGAGAAGGCCACGACUUCUCUCUUCAAUCUAGUCUGCAGCAUGUACAAGGGCCCCAAACCAGCAGCCUGUGGAGGCCCCCAAAAGAAACACUACAGAAGCUACUGCCAAAAGUGAAGGAGCAGCGCUGCACAUUUAUAAGCCUGCUCUGUUCAAGGUGUGGCCUAUAAAUAAGGAACACUGAAGAAUGUGAUGAAUUAUUUUUGUAUCUGUGAUUUUAAAAUGAUUUUAUAAAGGGAAAAAAACAAUCACCUCACUUUAAAAUUCACACAAAUACAGUGUACUUUAACAAAAAAUGUGUCAUCAUUAAACUGUCAUCCUCUGAAACUAUAAAUAAUUUUUGAAGCA